AUGAAACGAUUCUCCAACAGCGCUAGUAAGGAUAACCUGAUUACGCUCAAAAAGAAGCGGAAGCCCCUCGCAGAGUUGGUGCAUGAGGAAUUAGACGCAUCCACCUCCCAUCAUUCCCCUUCCGAUCGUUAUGGAAAAGGAGAUCCCCUCACGGGUGACGACGCCGAUGCCGGGAUGGGCGGGGCGGUGGAGGAAUACGACUGGGAAAACGAUUCCGAGGAGGCCUUUUCGCCGUCUUCUUCCGCGAAGAACGGAAAAACGCGAAAGCGCCUUCGUGGGGAGGAGGACUCUCGUGGAAAAUUACGCCGACGCGGUCCUCUGGAUCCGAUGUUAUCGCAGGGAAAGUACGCGGCCACGCCUGUGGAUGUGGAAACGGCGAUGGAUAACAUCUUUGGGGCUCUGGAUAUGGCGGAUUUGGAUGCGGAGGGGGAGGAAUUAUACGAGGUAGACGAGGAUGGGGAGGAAGGUUUGGAAUCCGACGACGACGAUGGUGCGGGAGAGGAAAGCGACGACGACUUCGAGACGCGGGGAAAGAAGAAAGGCAAAAAAGCCGCGCGCAAAAAAGUCAAGCGGGCGAAGGAUUUAACGGAGGAGGAGUACGUCGAGUGGCUUUCCAAAAAGCAACAAAAAAGGCGUCGGACGGCCGGAGGUCUUCUCUCCUCAUCCGAUCCCCACGGUGGGGAGGAGGAGGCGAUUUUAGAACAGCUCGAAUCGCUCCGGCAACAGCAACUGCAACUCGUUCGUCGAGCCCCCCGGGAAGGGGAAGGGGAAGGAGAGGUGGAAUCGAGCAGCGCAUCGCCCUCGCGCGCGCAGGAGGCGAUUCGACAUUUCGUUUCGCUUUACACGCAACUCCUCCACGUGCGGGCGAAGCUGCAGCCCGCGGUUUGCCGCGCGGUCGGCCUCCCGCCGUAUUACGCGCGUUCGCUCUUUUUAGAGGGGCUCGAGGACGGGGGGCGCGCGGGAAAACCGGCAUCCGCGGCCGCGGAAAACGAUCCCGACGUGAGCCCCGAGAAGAUUCAACAGGCCUACGCGGAUGUUCGGGCGGAGCUCCGUUCGAUUUUGGCGAUUUUCUUCCAAAUCGGCGUGGAGGCCUCCGCGCGCGGGACGAAACCACCCGCUUCACGCCGCUCGGAUCCCCCCGCGGUGCCCUCCUUCGCGCAGCUCCAACGACGGCAUCGCGAGAUCAUCCAAAAGGCGUCCGAUUGCGUGGCCUUUUGGGGAGAUAAAUUCGUCCAGGCGAACAGCGCGAAGCUGAAGGUGAUCGCGCAGCCGCUCAAAAAGCAGAUCGAGGCGAUUCUCGCGUCGAAAGGGCGACUUCGGAUUCGCGUGCAGAAGAACGCCGCGCAUCAGGUGAUUCUCGGGCAUCCGUUGCACUCUCGCGCGCGUUUGGAGGUUUCCACGGCGGCCGACCCUUCCGAGGCGGAUCGCGUUCUUCAGGCGAAGACGCAACGCGCGAUGGCGAUCGCGGCCGGCGAUCUCGAUGAGGAGCUCUACGACGAUUCCGAUUUCGUGCGGGAGUUGGUGCGGCGUGGCGGGUUUGCCGCGCAACAGCUGAAGCAGCAGCUCCUUGACCUCGCGACUCCCCCACAGUUGGGGAAGGAGCCCGCGAAAAAAGGGUUUCACCGCCUUACCAAAGGGAAAUCGGUGAGUUAUGAACCCCGGCCGAAGAUUGUGGGGUUUCAAAUGGCGCGAGGAUUUGAGGGGAGUGGGCGGAAUGAUGUCAUCAUGAAAUCCCUUUUUCAGUGA